CCAAGCUCUCUUUCAGGUGCUCUUCUUAUUCUGUUCUUCUCGAGUUUCAACUCAGUGCACGGCUUAUGAUCUGAAAAUGUGGGUUUUGUUUGUUUCCUCAUUUGGCACAUGGGUUCUGAUUUCCUUGGGAUUCUAAUGUUGAACAUGGAAACUAACCAUUUAAAUUUGGUUUCCAUAUCUCUCUUUCCCCAUGCCAAAUGUCUGAAAUUUAUUGUGGCUUUAAAAGGGACUCCACAGCCUUCCAUGGUCUUCAGAUUGGAGUUUUAGCUGCUUCUUUUUCAGAUCUAUGUUAGUUUUACAGUAUGAUGAUAUUAUGUUACUGGAUGCAGUAAGUUGAGUGUUCUUCAGACUUGGUUCUUAACUUCAUAUACUUGGAAUUGUGUGCCCGAUUGCCACUGUGCUGCACUAGUUGUUGUCUGGCUUCUAUUGUGAUCAAACAAAUUGAUUUGAUGGGGUCCCGAUCCCGAUCUCAUCAGUUGAGCAAUGGCCUUUACGUAUCAGGCCGGCCUGAGCAACAAAAAGAAAAGUCUCCCACAAUGAGCUCAGUAGCCAUGCCUUACACGGGUGGUGAUAUCAAAAAGUCUGGAGAACUCGGAAAAAUGUUUGAUAUUCCUACAGAUGGCUCCAAGUCAAGGAAGUCUGGACCUAUAAACAAUGCCCCUUCAAGGACUGCAUCCUUUGGUGGUGUUGGUUCACUCUCUGGCCAAUUGACGCCCAAUGCUGCAAACCGUAGUUCCGUUUCUUCCACUGGGGGUGGUGGUUCCGCUUCACUAAAGAAGACUAAUUCUGGGCCUCUUAAUAAACAUGGAGAGUCGAUGAAGAAGUCAUCUGGUCCUCAAGUAGGAGGAACUGCAUCUGUUUCCCGCCAAAAUUCUGGCCCAAUAGCCCCACUUCUGCCCACCACUGGCCUCAUCACUUCAGGACCCAUUUCUUCGGGCCCACUGAACUCAUCUGGGGCUCCUCGUAAAGUUUCUGGUUCAUUGGAUUCCACAGGCUCGCUCAAGUUACACAGUGCAGCUAUUGUUCACAAUCCGGCUGUUACUAACCUUAGUCAAGAGGAAGAAUACUCCUUCCACCGGAGUUUCCCUAAGCCAAUCCUUUGGGCAAUGGGUUUGCUGUUUGUCAUGGGGUUUAUCGCUGGAGGUUUUAUUCUUGGGGCAGUUCACAAUCCUAUUCUUCUUGUUGUGGUUUUUGUUCUUUUUGUUGCUGUUGCUGCAGUGUUCACUUGGAAUACUUGUUGGGGAAGAAAAUCUAUUACUGGUUUCAUUGCCCGUUAUCCGGACACUGAGCUAAGGACUGCAAGGGAUGGCCAAUUUGUAAAGGUUUCUGGGGUGGUUACUUGUGGAAAUGUUCCUCUGGAGUCAUCAUUCCAGAAGGUUCCUAGAUGUGUUUACACAUCCACAAGUUUAUAUGAGUAUCGGGGGUGUGAUUCCAAAGCUGCCAACCCUACCCAUCGCCGCUUCACAUGGGGUCUCCGAGCAGUUGAGAAGCAUGUGACCGAUUUCUACAUUUCUGACUUCCAGUCUGGGUUAAGGGCAUUGGUUAAGGCUGGGCAUGGUGCUAAGGUUACUCCAUAUGUUGAUUAUUCUGUUGUUGUUGACAUCAAUCAGUCAAACAGGGAUAUGUCCCCGGAAUUCGUCAGAUGGCUGGGAGAGAGGAAGCUUUCAAGUGACGACCGGAUAAUGCGAUUGAAAGAAGGGUACAUCAAAGAAGGCAGCGCUGUGAGUGUAAUGGGAGUUGUCCAGCGUAACGAUAAUGUCCUUAUGAUUGUUCCUCCACCAGAGCCAAUACCCACAGGAUGCCAGUGGGGUAAAUGUAUUCUUCCCGCCACCCUCGAGGGCCUUGUAUUGAGAUGUGAGGACAGUUCGAAGAUCGAUGUUAUACCAGUGUAACUGUAUCGGCAUGCGUAAAACUCCAGUUCAUGUUCUUGCUGAUUGGAGAUCAAAUUUGUUUGUUAGUUUUGAUAUGGUUGUGUUGGUGGUGUCCUUUUCAGUUUUAACCGGUUGUAUAGCUUCAUGUGAUUAUUUUCCUUUUAUUGGCUCCAAAGCUUUUGUAAUGGGACUUGUGUGUUUACAGUAGAAGAGAUGGGAACUUGGUAAUAAGUGAAGGUUUGUGGAUUGGGAUUUAUGUCAGAAAUGUUUGAAUUAAUUUUUGAGUAAUUUAGGGUUGUUGAAUUUGUUCUUA